CAUGUUGAAUGUCAACACUCGAACUCAAAAACACAGGCAAGUAUUUUACAAGACAUCAAUCCCAUUGGGUCGUCCUUAUACGUCACAGAUGUAAGAACAUGGAGGCGAUAUUUCAUGAAAAGCAAGAAGGAUCAUUAUGUGCGCAGCACUGUUUGAAUGCCUUGCUGCAGGGACCAUAUUUCACUGCCGUUGAUUUAGCAACUAUUGCACAGCGAAUGGAUUAUGAAGAGCGUUUAAGAAUGUCUGAAUCUGGUGUCGACAGCGAAGAGUACAGAAGAUUUUUGGAGCAACCUUCUGGAAAUUAUGAUGACAGUGGGUAUUUCUCAGUUCAAGUAAUAAGCAGUGCUCUUGAAGUUUGGGGUCUGGAACUUGUACCAUACAACAGCACAGAUGAACGAGCUUUGGAAGCCCAGAGAUGUCCUGGUGAAAUGAAUGCAUUCAUUUGCAACUAUCGUGACCACUGGUUUACAAUUCGCCGAUUGGGCCAGCAGUGGUUCAAUUUGAACUCAUUACUUAGUGGACCUGAACUGAUUAGUGACACGUAUUUAGCCAUGUUCCUAGCACAGCUGCAGCAAGAAGGUUAUUCUAUUUUUGUUGUGUUUGGGGAUCUUCCCGAGUCAGAAGCUGACAAUUUGUUGCACCUUGCCCCUGCCGUACAGCACGAGAAGCCUCGCCUGCUUGCCACAAUUGUGCGCAAAGUUGUUCCUGUAAGUGCUCAAGAUUCUGAAGAGGACCAGGACCUACAGAGAGCUGUGAGGCUGAGUCUGACUGACAAUAAUCCACCAAGAGUGACACAUAUACCAAUAGAAAUUGAACGCAGUCAGAGUACUGACGAUACAGAGUUACAAGCAGCUCUCAGACUUAGUUUGCAAGAUGAGAGUUCAUCACGCGUCACCCCAGCUAAUGAGGAAGAAGGUGAUGCACAGUUCCAUAGAGCCUUGCAGUUAAGUCUUACCACAGACACAGCUGAUGGAGCACCACCAAUACCUCGCACUAUCAGCCAGGAUGAAGAACUGCAGCUUCAGAAAGCUCUUAGCCUUAGUCUUCAGACCAAGAUAAAUGACACUGAAGGUGAUGAUGAGCACGAGUUGCAGAGAGCUCUUCAAAUGAGUCUGGAAUGCUGUGACAGUAACGAAUGUCAGGCGGCAGAUGGCAUGGUGGAUCCAGAAGAAUUGAGGAGGAGAAGACUUGCGUACUUAGAGUCUGUUGAAAAUCAGUCUUCAAACUACACAAAUCAUGCCCCAAACCAGAACCAAUUGAAUACUUAAUAUUAUAGUUUUGCCUUCAGACUCUAGUCAUUUUUUGCACAAAUUUGUUUUAAAGAGGUUGCCAGUAUUUAGCUAACCAUAAAAUCUCUGAAGAUUUGAUACCAUUGCUAAUAAACCUGUGAUCUUUACAAGAGAAACUAAUUUGUAUGGAAGUUUUAGACUGAAUUUUGUACUAAAAUAAUGUGGUUUAAUAAGUAGUCAACUAAAAGUUGACAUAAGAAACAGGAUAAAUCCUGUACCUGCCUCUUAAAACUGUAUUGCCUUUUCAGAACUAUUUAUAGCAGGUCUAACCCAUGUGACAGUUGAUGUUAAUUCAUGUGAGAGCCAUUUUCAGUGUUGUGGUCAAUUGCAGCAUGUUUUCUGA